AUGAUGGAACAUGAUAAAAGUAAUAUUCUAACUAAAUUGUUCUCUAAACUAAUUGCCAAUGCUUCGAAAAGUAACUUGCGAGUGUGGAUCGAGAGAUUCAUUUUGCAUCAUAAACAAGAUUCAUAUAGCAUCACUCAAACCGAAACCACCGACUCAGUCAUUCGUCAUCAGCAAGCCGAACCAGUUCUCCACAACGAUCCUCCAGCUCGCCAGGACCAGAACGCCUUCUACGAAGGAAAUGCAACUCCUUUCGAUGUCAUGGACGGAAUAAGACGAAACAAGCCAACUGCGAAAACAGAAAAUCAUCAGAAUGUUCCUGGCCCUUCUCAUGAAGGUCAAGGAUCCUCGUCUGGUAAUCAAAGAGCCCCUCCGGGAGGUGCAGGCGAUCAGGAAAAUCAGGAGCGGCGUGGUCGUUUCAACAUUCGCCAUGUCCCAAAUGAUGCAAUGCUUUGGGAUGGUCAUCUGGAUCAUACUGACAAUCUUCCCGGAUACAGACACCCGGAGCCGAUUGCUGAGUGGACACCGCAGUUGGAGAGACAACUUCAACAGGCUGACGCGCUUGCUCGAGAGGAGGCGAGAAGUGAGGCUAUUCGGGUCAAAAUUCUGAGAGAACAAUCCCCAUCCGAGCUCUGA